UCCUCGGCUUUUUAUAAACAUGGCCGAUAAAUCCUUUACAGCGUCAGGUACUGCGUCUGGCUGAACUAGUUAGACAUUCAGGAAGUUACUGAGGGUAACUAACACCGUAACAGCUGGAAAGAAAAUGUGGACACAUAACGGGUUCAUCUAAAUCAUUUUUUAACCGUUUUUCUGUCUGCGUGUGAACGGCAUUUCUAAACUUCACACAGUACUUACUGCUAGCCAGCUAACCGAGCUAACGGCGUCUCAACGGUAACUUCUGUCAACUUUUCACCCAGCUAGCGUAAUCUGCUGCUUAACUGCUGAUCGUAAUGGAGGAGUGUCGUCACUGGCCCAGGCUGUCUCGAUGAGUAUUUUACACACGGACGUGUCGGAUUUACUCAGAUAAAAGGACUGAACUGAACUUUUUUUUUUUGAAGGGCUCCCUUUGGGUUGUUGUUGUUGUUUUUUUUUUCUUUCCACUGGCAAAAGCCAAAGCGACCGUUUCAGAACCUCGCUGAGAGAGCAGAACAUAAACAAUGUUUUCUGUCAAACCCACGAAGCCAACUUUCAAGAGUUAUCUUCCUCCUGUACCGACUGAUGUGAAGAAAACUAUUGAACCACCUCUUAAAAAGUUGGAACCCAAGUUACUUCAAGGCGAGAUCGUAGUUAAUGAGGUGAACUUUGUGAGGAAAUGCAUCAGCGCGGAAAGCAGCCAGGAUGACCUUUGGGGGAAGUUGAUCUGCACCAACUUUAAGGUCUCCUUCAUCCCUUCAGAGGCCUCUUAUAAACAGAAUUCCCAUUUGUCCCACCUCCUGCUUGGAGAACACGACAUCCCCCUCACCUGUCUGGAGCAAGUAGUAACAGUAAAUGAUACAAAGGGGAAGAAGAAAGUAUUGGGCUCCAACCAGAAGCUGAAGUUCAACCCGACAGAGCUCAUCCUCUAUUGCAAAGACUUGCGCAUCAUUAGGUUCUGCUUUGUUGAGGCUGGGCCUGAGAGUGCCAAAAAGGUUUGCCUUGCUAUUGCCCACUAUUCCCACCCAGCUGAUCUUCCACUGCUGUUUGGCUUUGAGUAUCAAGGGCGGCGGUACCAUGAAUCUAAAGGGCAGCGAGUCAAUGGUGCCACCCCUCGAGGAGGAUUACAGACCCCCAUUUUCGACCGUCCAUCAGACUGGGAUCGGGAGAUCAAGAGAACGGGGGCGUCGGAGUGGAGAGUGUGCUCUGUCAACGAGCGUUAUGCCAUCUCACCAAGUCUUCCAGAGCACAUUGUGGUCCCAGUUUCUCUGGCAGAUCAGGAUCUAAAGCAGCACUCCAUGUUCUUCAUGAACCAGCGCGUCCCUCACUGGUGCUGGAAUCACCCAAAUGGAAGUGCUCUUGUCCGCAUGGCUGGCAUAGGUGAUCCAUUGCAGCAGAGGAAGAUUGAUCAGAGGGUCUUCCCCGCCAUCACAAAAAGCCACCCGCAGCGCAGUGAAGUCAUCAGGUCAGAUGUAGACAAGUGUCUGCCCAACAUCCAGGACAUCCAGAGUGCCUUUAUUAAAGUCAGGCAGAUCUGUGUCAUAGAUCCUUUCGAGGAGUCAGAGGAGAGGUGGCUCUCAUCUAUUGAAAACGCACGAUGGCUGGAGUACGUCAGGGCUUUCCUGAAACACUCAGCUGAGAUGGUGUACCUGUUGGAUGGAAAGAACACUUCAGUCAUUCUUCAAGAAGAGGAAGACAGAGACCUGAACUGUGUGGUGUCCUCCUUGGUGCAGCUCAUGUUGGACCCUCAUUAUCGCAGCCUCAUUGGCUUUCAGAGUUUGGUGCAGAAGGAGUGGGUGAUGGCAGGCCAUCGCUUCUUGGACAGAUGCAACCACUUAAAGAAGAAUGACAAAGACGAGUCCCCGCUGUUCAUGCUGUUCCUGGACUGCGUGUGGCAGAUGAUGAACCAGUACCCAGCAGCGUUCGAGUUCACAGAGGCUUAUCUGACAGUACUGAGUGAUAGCAUGUGGAUCCCACUCUUCAGUACUUUCCUCUUCAAUUCUUCCCAACAGCGUGCUCAGCACUUGAUGGACUUUGCCAAGAAUAAAGCAAUCCCUCAAGGAGAGGACCAGGUUGUGUAUUUCCCUCCUGUUUGGGACUGGUCACAGCAGUUCUCCACCAAAGCCCAAACCCUCUUCAACAACCCCAUGUACAUAGGCAAAGGAGCGGCCUGCGUUCAGAAUGGGGAAGUGAAAACCUUCAGACGCACAAAGAGAACCUACAGUUCCACAUUGCGAGGAAUGCCUGCAUCUCUGCGCAAUGGACUGAAGGCUGGAGACGAGUCAUUGACCCGACGGGGCUCUCUGGUGUCGGAGCUGAGGCCUGAUUUCUCACUGGUGAAAGACGAAAGCCCGUCAGAGCGCUUCUUCAGAGACUGGUUCUCUCGACCUGCUGACCUGCAGGGCCUCCUGAUUCCCCUGCUCCUGCCCUCACACCUGUCUCUCUGGAAGCUCUACUUCCUACGCUGGGUUCCUGAAGCCUGCAUUGCCAAAGGAGGCCCCAUCACCGCCUACCACAAGCUCUCCCAACUGGUCGACGAAAUGGAGAUUCUACAGAGCCAGCUCAGGCAGUAUAAGGGACCCAGUCCAGGCAGAACGCCACGCCCCAGCUCAAGUGGGCCCCUCUCCGACCAAAGGAGGAUGUAUUUUAAGGCCAGCUCCCCACAUGACCCCCCUUCACCUCCAGACUUCCUGACUUCCUCCUUUCCUUUCACCCCAAUGGGAAACCUGUGUCGCCGCGGUAGCUAUGGGACCCCCAUCAGCAAAUUUCUGAACGGGGCGAGGAUCUGGCUCUCGACAGAGACUCUUGAAAAUGACAGUCUCUGAAGGCUCAGUACAGUGAGCUCAGUACAGGUUUGUGUAACAGUUAAUCAUCUUACUUUCUAUUACCUCUUUCUUAAAUACCAAGAAGGAAAAUUAAAUAUAGAAAAAACAUCAGCCUUGGACUUUGGAUUUUUAAUUAUUUAUAAGCUAGAAUUUGCACCGUUGAUGCUGCAUUGAAAUCGGAGGUAAUUUUUUUUAACUGAAGUCUCCUCUUUAGGACUGAAUCAUCAUUGUCACCAGA